AAAUAUUUGUAAAUAAGAAGUCUGCUUGCUUGCGUGAAUUCUUAUUGGUUUAAUUUAAACGAUGAAGAAUAUGAUACAUGUCGUCAUACAAAUAUUUACAAGUUAAGCAAUGUAAACUAUUUCACAGUUUCAUAUAACGAUUUGAAAAAUAUAUCGUAAAGAUUACAGAAAUUGUCGUAAGAAAAGGUCAUUUUGACUUGUUUUCACCAUGUCUGCUCCAAGUCUAACGAAACUUCUGCAAAAUGAAAAUCCACCCAAUGUUACGUUAGCUAAAGCAGCAGAACUGAGUACGAUCUAUUUGAAAAGCUGUAAUAAUGUCGUUGAUAAAAUAUGUGAACACAUCGAAGAAAAUUUUCCAUCCAACGUUGGUAAAAUAAAGAAUUUUAUUCAGGGAGGAUCUCUUGGUAAUGGUACAGCAAUUUAUGGUCGAGAGGAUGUCGACUCUGUCAUUGUCGUAUGUUUUGAUUAUGAAACAUCUGAUGUUCAAGAGCUGCUAAUGAAGCAUAAAUCAAAAAGUCGAAAGAUCAUGGACACCAUUGAAGAAAGGUUAGUCAACAUGGUCUCAUUUGAUUUGGAAGUUGACGAUGUCACAGACAGUGGUAUUACAUGUAAUGUUAAAAUGCCUAGUGGUCCUCUUGAUCUUAGUGUUUAUGUUAUGGCGACCUUUUAUGCUGAUGUUAACAAAGCUGAGAUUCGCAACUCAAUUUACGAGCAACUCCGUGGUGCUUCAGCGAAAGACAACGACGUAUAUAGUUCGUCUUUAUCACAACUUCAAGUCGACUUUAUUAAGAAUAAAAACCAGCAGCUGAAAGGCCUCAUGAAACUCGUUAAAUUCUGGGUUCAAAAAGGUUUUGCUGAUAAUGAAAAUCAAAGCCUUCCUUCUCCAUAUCUAUUGGAACUGGUGACUGUAUAUUGCUGGGAACAUGCCAAUAGCCCGGAGACUUUUAAAUUUGCUAACGCUUUUCGUGCUGUUCUUAUGACUUUGAAAGAUCAUCAAUCAAUGAAAGCAGUUUGGACAAAAAAUUACAGUUGGGAUACAGCGCAAGAAUUUGCGCAUCUGGAAAGGCCUCCCAUUGUAAUAGAUCCAGCAAAUCCAACCAUAAAUCUUUGCAGGGAUUGUAAUGCAUGGAGUGAAAUUACUAGGGGUGCUGAUCAAACUCUCAAAACACCUUUGCUCAAAAACAUUGCUUCACCCAAAAGUGUCUGGAAUUGAAAGGAUUUUUUAAUAAAAGCGUUUUGUUUGUGUCUCAA